AGGUUAGGCUUUCACACACUGCAUAACAGAGAAAGGCAUAACAUAGCAGAUUUCGACAGGGCAUAGCAAUGCAAAGCAUGUCAGAACAGAGCAGAGCAGAUCCGCACAAACAAAUCUCAAACAACCACGAGUAUCCCAUCUUAGCACAAAGUGAGCUAUCAUGUAUUCGUGUUACUCAUCUUCAAUUACGAGAAGAAAUAAAGGCAUUAAAAUAAAAACUAAGGGAUAACAUUCUAAUUGCUAAUAUCAUCAUAAUUAACCAAAUUGACAAGCGACCCCUGAAAUUGUUCUCCGUAUUUUUUAUUUUUUCUAUGAGUUGGCAAGGAAAAUAGUUGUAUUGGGUCGAAACCUCUCACGGAGUCACAGGUCCUAUAUAGUAUAUACCGUGAAAAAAUAAGGUGAGCGUGAAUCCCUUUAUUAAUUUCAUAUUUUCAUUCUGUUUCCCCCGAUUGAACCAAACGCCCCCACUUAAUCAUUUUAAUUUCCCCCUCAUUUGUUUGCUGGCAAUACGUUUCCUUCAUUGAAGCAGUAAUCUUUGCUCUCAUUGUAGCGGCUUCUGAGCUAUUGAAGCAGCUUCUCAGCUCUGAGGCAUUUGUUAAAUUAUAAUAUGGAAUGAGCUAUAUGAUGCUGAUUUCAUCACAUUUGUCCAAGAUUCUGGAAGGCAUGCCUAGUCACUAUGUUUGGUAGGUAUGGAUACUUUAUAUACGCGUUUACAAGGCAUUAUAGUUGGUACAGAUGAUUUGGAGGGUGUAUCAUCGGUUAAUUUUACUUGUUGCUUCAAACAUUACGAAGUCUGCAGCAGUAGUCCACAAUGUACAUAUCUGUAAAUCUUUCUGUGGAACUUAUUGGGAAACUAAUGUGUGCAGUAGACAAUUUAAUGUUGCGCGUGUCAGGCGUUUCUGUACUAGAACUGAGCAAGAUGAGCUGUGUUGGGAAGGUCCUAACCAUGAUAUUAUGUUGAAAAAGCUUGAAAGUGCAUUGUUGGAUUGCAAAGAUUUUGAGGCAUGGCCAGUCUUUAGCAAGUUUAAGAGUUUGUAUGGUUUUCCUCCACCUGCUAUUUUGAGUAAGCUGAUCUAUGGACUGUCUUACUCAUCUGAUCACCGCUCACUUCCUAAAGCAUGCAACUUAAUAUUUAAAGUUGCAAAAGAAAAUUCUGAAUCACUUGAGCAUGAUUGCUUGUCAAGGCUUUGCCUUUCGCUUGUAAGAGCUCAGAUGCCUGUACUCGCAUCGAAAGUACUCAGACUCAUGCUGCACAGAAAUAGUGUUCCCCCAGUGGAUGUGCUGUGUUCUGUGUUUAUGCAUAUGGUGAAGACUGAGGCUGGCACAUGUCUGGCAUCUAAUAUCCUUCUUGAAAUUUGUGACCAUUUCCAUCAUCUUACAGAAAAGAGAUCUGAAUGUGCCACGUCUAUGAAACCUAGUACUGCAAUCUUCAACCUUAUUCUUGAGGCUUGCGUGAGAUCUGGAUCAUCGCUGAAAGGGCAACAGAUAAUAGAAGCAAUGGCACGAAUAAGAGCAGUAGCUGAUGUACACUCUGUUCUUCUAUUCACUUACAUUUAUGAAAUGAAUGGUCUGAGGGACGAGUUGAAGAGGUUCAAAGAGUAUGUAGAUCAAGUUUCAUUGCCACUUGCUCGGCAUUAUGUUCACUUCUAUGACAAGCUUUUGAGCUUGCAUUAUGAUUUUGAUGAUACUGAUGCUGCUGCCAGCCUGGUAACUGAUAUUUAUCUUCUAUGGGGGUCACGUCCUCUGCAACUAAAUGAGGAACUGAUGAAGCCUUGUAAACUGCCUAUUGGUUCCCCAUAUUUGAAAGAAGGUUUAAAAGUUCAAGUUAUGUUUGAGUUACUGCAGAAGGAUUUUGUCAUUCAUGUGAAAGGCGAAGAGGAGUAUGUAGCAUUUAAGAACGGAAAACUUAUUAUUACUAGUAAAGGCUUGGCACGACUCAUUAUAAAAUACAAGAGAAGAGGUAGAAUUACUGAACUUUCUGAACUUUUAGUUGCAAUUCAAAAGAAGAUGGGUACAGCUCAAGAAGAAAAUCUUUGCUGUGAUGUAAUCCAUGCAUGCAUUGAUUCUGGUUUCCUUGAGACUGCUCAUGAUAUAUUGGAUGAUAUGGAAAUGGCCAAUAUGGCUGUUCCCUCCUCAACAUAUAUGCUACUUUUGAAAGCCUAUCGCAAAGAAAAUAUGUCCAAGGAAGCAGAAGCCCUUGUGAAACAGAUUAAAAUGACUGGUUUGCUCAUUGAUGCAUCUGACGAAACAAUGGUGUCUAAGUGUCUUUCAGGAGUAGCACAUGGAAGUGUGGUUAAAUCAAAUACCAUUAGGCAAUCAGAAUUAGCUGAAUCUUUGGUUCUAGAAAUGAACUGGGAUUAUAAUAAAGCUCCAUCUAAAGUUUAUGAACUUAAUUCUUCUAUGUAUUUCUUUUGCAAGGCCAAAAUGAUGGAAGAUGCUCAGACAAUAUACAGAAAAAUGCAGGAGUUAAAGAUACAGCCCACAGUGCAAACUUUUGCUCACUUGGUACAAGGCUACUUAUCUUUGGAAAGGUAUCGGGAAAUCACCAUCUUGUGGGGUGAUAUCAAAAGGUUUAUGGAUUAUGGGUGUGCACUUGCAAACAGGGACUUGUAUGAGUUAUUGCUGUUAAAUUUUCUUCGAGGAGGCUACUUUGAGAGAGUACUGGAAGUUCUUCACCAUAUGAAGGAACACGGUAUGUAUGCUGAUAGAUGGAUGUAUAAUAAGGAGUUCAUAAGGCUUCAUAAGAACCUUUAUAGAAAAUUGAAGGCCACAGAGGUUAGAACCGAAGCACAGAGAUUGAGGCUUGAGCAUGUUAAGGACUUCAGAAAGUGGGUUCGCAAUAAUUGAACCAGUGUUGGGGCUAUCUGAUUUGGUUGAUAGAAUGGAAGGCACCCUAACUCUUGGUGUGUAAUUAAUCAAGCCAACAGGUAGAUAGAGAUUCAAAGUGAAGCCAGAGACUUCGCCGGACGAACUGAAGCUAGCCACUUUGGCCAUUGCACUAAAUGCUGCAAGCAAACGUCAGGCAAAUGGCAAAGAAAUAUCAGCAGGAUAUAUAUAGAGCUUGUUGAAUAAGUGGAAAUACAUGCAGGCACACUCAGAAUCAAGAACAGUACCACAGAAACUGUUUGAUUCAGUACAAGCUCACUCUUGGAUAUUUGGCUUAAAUAAUACGAAGCACAACGUAAUGGAUAAACUGAAGACGUCGAGGUUGAGCUCAACAUGAUUUGGUUGGUGAACUUGAAUUAAUCAAUAUUCAAAUCAAACUCUAAGUUGAGAUCACAAUGGCAUCAAAAUCUGCUAGUUUGACUUUGGAAUUUUACCUGAGGUGCAUUAGCCAAUGUAGCUUGUGUUUUCAUCCAUUUAAUCUACAAGGAAGUCCAACAAGUUACGUGAGCGAUAAAGCUAUGAGCAAAAUUUAGCACAUGAAGAAAUGUGUAUGAUUUUGAGUAGUUAGAUUAUCUCUAUAGGCAAUUGAGUUGUGAAAAGCAAAUUUUUCUUUUUACAGAAAUCAUUGGUUGCAUUUCAAAUAUUUGUAGCUCUUUUUCUCCUACCAUGUAAGAGUUUGUAACAACAUGAAAGGAGUCACUUUUGGAAGUAGCAUGCCCUUUUAUUCUUGGGUUAAGUUUCACCUUUUGAGUCCAUUAAUUCUCCCUCUUUGCUUUAGAACUUAU